AGAGGUUACUAUGGGAAUGUAUUGACGCUCCCUACCUCGCCGUCCGCGGUUGCCCUGGGUACACGCAUGCGCGCUGCGGUACUGAAGGGGCUUGUUGCAGAAUGAAGCGGGUAUUUUGUUUGACUGAAAAGGGCUUGCUUGGACAUUCCAUUCAAUAUGUCUGGCAGAAGACCUUAGGAAAUUACAUUGUGGUUACAGGAGCGGAUCAUACAGUGAAAAUCUAUGAUCGACAUGGCCAAAAGAAAGAUGAAAUCCACUUACCUGGCUCAUGUGUGUCCAUGGACUGGGACAAAGAUGGAAAUGCCUUGGCUGUUGUUGCUGAUAAGUCUAGUUCCAUAUACAUGUGGGAUCCUAAUACACGUAAAACCAGCCAGUUAGACAGUGGCAUGAGAGAUCAGAUGGCUUACCUCCUGUGGUCCAAGGCUGGCUCCUUGCUAGCUGUCGGGACAUCCAAAGGGAAUCUACUGAUUUAUAACCUGCAGACGUCUCGGAAGGUACCUGUGCUCGGUAAACACACUAAACGCAUCACCUGUGGGUGCUGGAGCUCUCAGAAUUUACUUGCACUGGGUGGGGAAGAUAAAAUGAUCACCAUCAGCAACCAGGAAGGAGACACAAUCAGACAGACCUCGGUGAGAAUGGAGCCAAGCGACAUCCAGUUCUCUGUUAUGAAGACAGAUGAAAGAUCAUCACAAGGCGAGAGCACAGUAAGCGUUGUUGUUGGAAAGAAAACCUUGUUCCUCUUCAAUCUGAAUGAUCCAGACAAUCCUAUAGAACUGGCCUUUCAGCAACGCUAUGGGGCCAUUGUGGCCCACAAAUGGUAUGGUGAUGGCUACAUCAUGAUUGGCUUCUCCCUUGGCUUCUUUGUGGUGAUUUCCACACAUAUGAGUGAGAUUGGUCAAGAGCUGUUCCAGGCAAGCAACCACAAAGAUAGUCUAACCAGUAUCGCCAUUUCACAGUCAUUGAACAAAGCUGCAUCUUGUGGCGACAACAAUAUUAAAAUCCAUGACUUGAGUGAGCUAAAAGAAAUGUAUGCGAUCAUCACACUGGAUGAUGAAACUAAAGGUUUAGAUAGACUUUCCUGGACAGACGAUGGACAAUUGUUGGCGAUAUCCACUCAGCGAGGGUCACUCAGUGUCUUCUUAACCAAACUUCCUAUCUUGGGCGAUACGAGUGGCACCAAGAUUGCCUAUCUCACAUCCCUGCUGGAGGUCACUGUGUGCAAUCUGGUAGAAGGGGAGCUGCCGAUCACAGUUUCUGUUGAGGUGGAGCCUAACUUUGUUGCUGUGGGUUCCUACCAUGUUGCUGUAGGAAUGAACAACCGGGCCUGGUUCUAUGCUCUGACCGAGAAUGGUGUAGAGAAGCUGAAGGACAUGGAAUACCUGGGGACUGUUGCAAGCAUGAGCCUAAAUUCUGAUUAUGCUGCUGCUUUGUUUGAGGGCAAAGUGCAACUUCAUAUGAUUGAAGGUGAAUCACUCGAAGCUCAGGAGGAGCGGGAGACUCGUCUGUUCCCAUCUGCUGAUGAGAAGUAUCGAAUACUGUGCCAUUCAUUGACUGGAGAUUUCCUUAUUUACGGAACUAAUACUGGCCUUGUGAAGUACUUUUACAUUGAAGACUGGCAAUACGUUAAUGAAUACCGGCACCCAGUCAGCAUAAGAAAGAUCUUUCCUGAUGCAUCUGGAACAAGAUUAGUUUUAAUCGACGAGAAGAGUGAAGGAUUUGUGUAUUGCCCGCAAAAUGAUAAUCUGUAUGAGAUUCCAAACUUUUCCCCAACUAUCAAAGGCAUACUUUGGGAAAAUUGGGCAAUGGAUAAAGGGGUCUUCUGUGCCUUUGAUGAUGACAAGGUGUUUACAUACGUUUUUCACAAGGACACCAUACAAGGUUCCAAAGUUAUUCUGGCAGGAGGGACCAAGCUGCCUUAUGCUCAUAAACCCAUUCUCUUACACAAUGGAGAGCUGACCUGUCAGACUCAGAGCGGGAUGCUAAACAAUAUCUAUUUAAGUACACACAAUUUCCUGAGCAGUAUAAAGGAUGCAGAUGCCAAGGAGCUGACAAAGAUGCUAACACAGACUUUAAUGUUGAGAAGGUUUUCAGAUUCCUGGGAUGUCUGCAGUUCAGUGAAUGCAGAGGAGAGCUGGAAUGAGCUUGCCCGGGCAUGUCUGCACCACAUGGAGUUGGAAUUUGCAAUACGUGUGUAUAGGAAGAUUGGAAAUGUGGGCAUGGUGAUGUCACUAGAACAGAUCAAGGGGAUAGAGGAUCACAAUCUCGUGGCUGGUCAUCUUGCCAUGUUCACUAAUGACUUUAACUUGGCACAGGACCUGUACCUAGCUUCCAGCAGUCCUAUAUGUGCGCUUGAAGUAAGACGAGACUUGCAGCAUUGGGAUAGCGCCUUACAACUUGCAAAACGCUUGGCUCCCAACCAGAUACCAUUUAUAUCAAAGGAAUACGCCAUACAGCUGGAAUUCACGGGUGACUAUGUCAAUGCACUUGCACAUUAUGAGAAAGGAAUGACUGGAGACAGCAAGUUUCAAGAACAUGAUGAAACAUGCCUUGCUGGAGUGGCUCGUAUGUCAAUCCGAAUGGGAGACAUCCGACGUGGAGUCAACCAGGCUAUCAAACACCCCAGCAGGUUGCUGAAGAAAGAUUGUGGAGCCAUUCUGGAAAGUAUGAAGCAAUUUUCAGAAGCAGCCCAGCUGUAUGAGAAGGGCCAAUACUAUGACAAAGCAGCAUCUGUGUACAUCCGAUGUAAAAACUGGGCAAAAGUUGGAGAGCUUCUUCCUAAUGUCACUUCACCCAAGAUCCAUUUACAGUACGCAAAAGCCAAGGAAGCUGACGGCAAGUACAAAGAUGCCGCUUUAGCUUAUGAGAAUGCCAAGGACUGGGAUAAUGUCAUUCGCAUCUACCUGGACCACCUAAACAAUCCUGAAAAGGCUGUUACCAUUGUGAAAGAGACGCAAUCACUGGAGGGAGCCAAGAUGGUAGCCAGGUUCUUUCUCCGUCUUGGAGAUUAUGGAUCAGCAAUCCAGUUCCUCGUUCUGUCCAAAUGUAACAAUGAAGCGUUCCAGCUUGCCCAGCAACACAACCAGAUGGAGAUCUAUGCCGAUGUUAUAGGAUCUGAGAACACCAGUAAUGAAGAUUAUCAGAGUAUUGCCCUGUACUUUGAGGGGGAAAAGAAACACUUUCAAGCUGGGAAGUUCUUCUUACUAUGUGGUCAGCAUGCAAGGGCACUAAAACAUUUCCUAAAAUGCUCAUCUGCAGAUGAGAACACAGCGAUAGAAAUGGCGAUCAAGACGGUUGGAGAGGCCAAAGAUGAGCUUCUGACCAAUCAGCUGAUAGACUAUCUGAUGGGGGAGAGUGAUGGUAUGCCUAAGGAUGCACAGUACUUGUUCCGCUUGUACAUGGCACUAAAUCAGUACAGAGAGGCGGCCCGCACUGCAAUCAUUAUCGCAAGGGAGGAACAGUCUGCAGGUAACUACCGGACUGCACAUGACGUUCUCUUUAGCAUGUAUAUGGAACUGAAAACACAGAAAAUUAAGAUCCCAGCAGAAAUGGCUACAAAUUUAAUGAUUCUUCAUAGCUACAUCCUGGUUAAGAUCCAUGUAAAACGUCAAGACCAUAUGAAGGGCGCCCGAAUGCUGAUACGUGUGGCUAACAACAUUAGUAAAUUUCCUUCCCACAUAGUGCCGAUCUUGACAUCUACAGUGAUUGAGUGCCAUAGAGCUGGUCUGAAGAACUCUGCCUUCAGUUUUGCUGCUAUGUUGAUGCGACCGGAGUAUCGCAACAAGAUAGAUGUCAAGUACAAGAAAAAGAUUGAGGCGAUGGUCAGGCGUCCCGACACCUCUGAGGUGGAAGAAGAAAGCACCGCUUGUCCCUUUUGUGACUUCAAACUCCCAGAGUGUGACCUGCUCUGCCCUGGCUGCAAGAAUAACCUGCCAUACUGUAUAGUCACUGGCCGACACAUGGUGAAAGAUGACUGGUGUAUCUGCCCCCAUUGUGAAUUUCCAGCCCUUUAUUCAGAGUUUAAAAAAUUAAUGGAAUCAGAAAGUAUCUGUCCCAUGUGUUCAGAAAGAGUAACAGACGAUCAGCUAAAGAAGGUGCCUGACUGCUCUGUGUACCUCAAACAGGACCAGGAUGAUCAGUAACACAUGAAUAAUGCCUGGCAGCUGUUUGGCUUCUGAUGGAAUUUGUGUGGGUAAAUGUUAACUUGUUGCACCUUUUGUAUAAAACUUUAACAUUUUGUAUAUAUUUCUUACAGUGAUAUGGCAUUUAUUUUAAAUAAAGAUUUCUAAA